UUAAAGCUCAGCCAGGAACUAGGAAGAAAAUAAUAAUGGCGACGGACGAGUGGCGUAUGUGCGCCGAAUGGCUCGUAAGAUGUCAGAUAUUACCAGAAGAUCACAAAGCCAAUCAAGCAAAUGCCAAUGCUUUUGAUAUAGCACAAGCCCUUCGAGAUGGAGUAUUAAUAUGUCAUCUACUAAAUCAGCUAAGUCCAGGAUGUGUCGAACUAAAAGAUUUCAGUCCUCGACCGCAAAUGUCACAGUUCCUGUGCAUGAAAAAUAUAAGGACAUUUCUACAGACAUGUAAAAAGACAUUUGGUUUGCAGGAUAAGGAUCUAUUUCAACCAUUGGAUUUAUUUGAUGUGAAAAACUUCCGAAAGGUUAUUGAAACCCUUUCCAAAUUAUCAAAAACAGAUAUUGCCAUCAGUAAAUUCAGAGGCUUUCCGCGUGAAGCUAGUAAAGAAACACUUGAGCAUCCAUAUUAUAACGAUUUGGAGCUACUGGCUGAUGGUUUCCCUCCUGAUAACUAUGGCGAACAUGACGAUGAAGAUAUUUACGGUAAUCUUCAGGACUUAGCCAAUGAGAAUGAACUUGUAGACCAAGAAGAUAUUUAUGAUAUUGUUAGUCCCGACCAAGAUGAUACAGAUGAUAUUUAUAAUGAUAUCAUGCAAUUACAAGGCCACAACAGACGAUCCUCUGAACGAUCGUUGGGCCUACCACCUCCGACAUGUAAAAGGGAACAUUGUGUAAAAGAGUUAAUCGACACCGAGAAAAAUUAUGUUGAUGCAUUGGAGAUGAUAGUGGUGCAUUUUAUUAAAAAGUUAACAAAUUCCUUGUCACUUCAAGAUAGAGAGAUUAUGUUCCUUAAUAUAGAGAAACUUCAUGAUAUUCACAGGAGAAUGUAUGAUGACUUGUAUGAAACAGUGUUAUCAGCAAACCCCAAAAUAGCAGAUAUUUUUAUUCGUUAUAAAUCUGAACUUAUUUUAUAUGGUGCAUAUUGCUCUAACUUGCCUAUUGCCCAGGAAAGAAUAGAUAAACUUUGUGAAAGCGAGAUGCAUCGACAGAAGAUACAAGAAUGUGAAAGACAGGCAAAUGAAGGUAAAUUCCAUCUGAGAGAUUUAUUAUCAGUACCCAUGCAGAGAGUGUUAAAAUAUCAUCUGUUAUUAAGGGAAUUAAUCAGAAAUACAGACAAAACGCAUCCUGAACGACAGCCAUUAGAGAAUGCUCUAGAAGCCAUGCAGGAUUUAUCACUAUAUGUUAAUGAAGUUAAAAGAGACAAUGAAGCCUUACAGUUAAUAGAAGAAAUUCAAACAAGCAUUGUGGAUCUUAAAAUGCCAGCGAACACAUCUUUGCGUGAUUAUGGCAGGUUUCAGAAAGAUGGUGAACUUAAGGUUUUAUCUCAUAUGGAGUCAAAAGUCAGAAACAGACAUAUCUUUCUGUUUGAUAAAGUUAUGUUAAUGUGCAGGGCUCGGAUGGUGGAUAAAAUCCUUUGGAGUGAAACAUACAGUUUUAAAGAUGCGAUUGUACUCGGUGAAUUUAAAGUAGAUGACAGUCAACCUAAAAAUGAUAAUCAGAGUAAAAGUUCUAAAAAUUGGAACUGGCCCUUUAUAUUAUUUCAAAAAUGUCAAGGAACAGCUUAUACAUUUUUUGCCAAAACAGAAGAAUCAAGACAGAAAUGGUUGGAUUCAAUCCAGAUGGCGCUAGACAAUACACAACCAGCAGCAGGCCAGAAUUUUAUUAUGUAUACAUUUGAAAAACCCAGAGAAUGUGAUGUUUGUGGUAAACUACUUAGGGGUAUUUUCUUCCAAGGCUAUCUGUGUCAAGAUUCAAAAAAAGCAGUUCAUAAAGAAUGUAUCGGGAAAGAAUCACAAAUUAAACCGCCAGCUAGGCCACCGAGAUCAGAGAAGGGGCAAGGUAUUACUGUUCAAAAAGCUAAAGCCCGUAAAGCAUAUACCGGUCAGCCACCACCCAAUGGUCACAAAGCAUUGAAAUUUAACGUUAACGAUGUAAUAGAAAUUCUUGAUAGAAGUAAUCAAAUGUUUUGGAAGGGUCGUUUCCGUGGUGAAGAAGGGCAUUUUUUGGCAGAUUGUGUAGACCUUACAAAAACAGUGACGCGGAAAGCCUCCUACAUUGAUGUGAAGAGUUCGGGUGCAAGUAACGGGGGAUUCAUGAUGUUCGAUCGACAAGAAUCAACUGCCUCUCAUAAUGGCUCUAGCACCCCCUCAAAAGCUUUAGAAACAUAUCCUUGGUAUGUUGACGCAAUGGAACGUGAUAUUGCCCAUGCUAAUCUCGAUGGUUGCCAAGAUGGUGCAUUUCUCAUCAGAAAAAGUAUUAACCCAGCAAGGAAUGGUCUACUAUCACUAAGUAUUAAAUAUGCGAAUGCAGUGCGUCACAUAAAACUCAAUGAAAAUAAAGGAAAAUUCUACUUAGUUGAAAAUAAACUAUUUGAUUCGGUUCCGAGAUUGGUAGAAUAUUAUCAAAACACUACUUUAGCAGAUAGUUUUCCUGAUGUGAACACAACACUAAGGUUUCCAUAUAAAGAUAUAGCAACAAAUGAUAAUCCAUGUGCACAAACAACAGGUCAAAGAGUUAUAUGUUAUGCGAGGGUGCAGUAUGACUAUGCUGCUACAUCAACUUCGCAAGUUUCAUUGGCUGCGGGUGAUCGAAUAGCCGUAACCAGCAAAAAUGGAAACGAUAAAGGAUGGUGGAAGGGCAAAAACUUAACUUCUGGAAGGUCUGGAUAUUUCCCACUAGCGUAUGUCAUAGAAGAUGACUAAAUCCCCCCUCCCCCUCCAGAAAUGCGGAAAAUCAUUAACUUCCUGUUUAUCAAAAAACAUUAUCGUCGUCAAACUCAUUCAUUUUAUUUCAAACUUUCUUGUGUCAAACCUAGCCAUAGUGUCAAUAUCAUUCAAACUAAAAUGGAGUCUCUCCUCAGCUUCAAAUAUCUCACAAAGCUACGAAGUAAAGACGUAUAUACUACUAAUUUUUAAGAAGUUUUAAACUUUAUGUAUGUUUAUCUUAUUGGUUAUGUUAUUGCAUCAGAAGUAUUUCUGUACAUCUUCCAAAUAUACAGUUAACUUUUAUUCUUUAAUAUUCACUUGAUCAUAUUCGGUUUAACGAAACAAGCCACAAAUUUACCCCCCAAAAAAGGCUUUCAUCACUGGGGCACAUUGUUGGUGGAUACAAUUUCUUGAAGGAAAAUCCAGUGUAUUGAAAUAUGUGAAAUUGUAAUAAAUGCAGGUUAUAUUUGAACUACAUAUUUAACACUUAACAUUUUUGGAUAAAAAAUAAGAUUUUUUGUAUAAAAAUUGAAAUUUAACUUCAGAGACGAUUAAGAGUUAUUGUCUGUAUAUUAAAAUACUGGAUAUGAAUUUAGACUGACAGACAUUUUUGUUACAAGCUGGUCAGUGACUGAUUAAAUUUAUUCAAAUAAUAGCUCUAGGACCUUAUUAUCAAAAAUUUAAACUAAAAUAUUUUUGGAAUGCAGCUGUUUCAUUGGCUGUAAGCUUUUAUUUGUGCUAUGAUUUUAGUGCUCAUCCAAUGAACAAUCAGUAUUCUUAAAAUAUUUACAUUUUCAUGAAUAAGAUCCCAGUUAUUUAUCCAUACAUCAGUUUAGUUUGCUCAAUAUAUUAUUAUUAUUAUUAUUAUUUAUCUGUAAACUUAACGACAAUAUUUCUUAUACAGCCAUCAUGAGCUAUUAUAGAUAGAAUUUAUUUAUUGAAAUAUUCAGAAUAUUUAAUUCGAGAAUUAAAUAGAAUAAUGAUUCUAAAUCACUAUGAAUGUUGACCAUUUUCUGAUAUGUCUACUUGAAAAAACAAACCAUUACUUGUAGAAAAUAUAAGGCAAAGAUCCAUCAGAUAAUAUUUUAUUUUAUCUUGUGAAUAAGAAUAAUGGCAUAAGUAGAACUGAAAAACCAUGUAAAUACUAUUUCUUUUUCAUUAGAAUUAAAUUAUGUAUUGUUUAACAUGCUUUUUGCUUCAUAUUUUCAACCAGCAAGCAUUACAUGUAUGUGUUAAUUAAUUUGUAAAUUCAUAAUCUUUUCUUUAUUAUUAGUGUGUGUUGCUCAUUGCUCAUUAAUUGUUUAUUAAGAAAAAAAGAUAAUUUCUACAAAAUAUCUCAUCGUGAUUGAAACAGUGCAUUGAUUUAUGAUUAAGUACAUUGAUCUAUAAUUAAAUUAUAUUGAUGUAUUAAGAAAAUGGUUUGACCAAACCAUUAUUAUACAAUUGUGCACUCCUGAAAUUGAGCAAAGGUUAAAAAGAACAAACCAAACUUUGAAAUUAUUAAUGUAGGCAAAAGCAGGAUGUGUGGUUUAAAUUUGUUGAUUAAGGUAAGAAAUCUCUGUUUAGGCGGGGAACAAUUAUAAUUGGAUAUGACUAUGUAAUAUUUUUGAUGGCUCAACAGCACCUAAUAGUACUUAAUACUAAUGAAAACAAGGAAGCGCCAAUGGCAUUGAUAACCAACACUACGAUUAAAAGGAUACCUUAAAAGGGGUGUUAAAUUACAUAAGAUAACUACAUUGAAACGAGAAUGAAUAGUUCAUAUAAUUGUGUGUUGUCAAAAUAUUGGUUUAUGGAGAAUAUGAAACCAUAAAAAAAGAAGAAAGAAACACUCUAAAUAUAAAGCAUGACUCCUUUUUCCAAUACUUUAAACUAUCUAUUAUGUACUGUAUGUAAUAUUAAAACUAGCAAGUUUGUGGUUGUCAUUUUUACUCAGAUAAUCCAACAUUUUGCCAUUAGAAACACCUAUUUAUAUAUCUAUGACUAUAUAUAUACAUAUUCUAUUAAUUUACGUGUAUAUAUGUAUUUGUAACUAGAUUUAAUCUACACAUAUCUAAAAUCUUGAUUACACUCGCUCUUAAUUCUGAAUUCUGCCCACCAGAUAUUUUUACUUGUCUUACAUCCACAAUAUUCAAAUCUUAAAAUUUGUUCUUGAAAUAUAUUACUUAAACUAAAUAACAAGGAUAAGAAUAUAGAUAAGAUUGAUUGUAUAUUUUGCACUUUCUAAGUAAUUAGAUUGUAAUUUACUUAAAUAUUUGAAUUUUCUGUCAUCCAAACUGACAGAAGUAGAUUUUCUGAACUAUCCGCACAUCUAUGGGUAAAGUUGACUCAGCUGAGAGCAUUGUCACGUUGCGUAUUUUUGUAGUGCGAGCUUAGUGUAUGACUUGAUAAUAAAUGUGUGUGUGUGGGAAAUGAUGUGUAUUAUGUAAAAAAAUAGGGCUAGUAUAGCAAUUCAGUGGGAGGUAGUCUGCUAUUCUUGACAAUCCAGACAAUCAAAAAUAUACUCUGGUAGUGACGGUAAGGAUUUGGAUGAUCAAGAAUACUGAACUAACAAGUUACGAAGAUUAUUCUUUAAAAAAAAGCGUAAUUCAUUCCACAGGCGCCAUCUUUUACAAUGAGAUUGUAAACUCAAUGAAGCUAAAAGGAUAUGUAAGUUAAUUAUUGUCGUAGCCAAUGAAGCUGUAACAAAUAGGGGAAUAUCUGUGAGUGAGUGAUUGAAUGGGAAGAUAUAUAUUUAUAAUAGACUAUAUAAGCUUAUUCCUGCAGUAAAUGUUUAUAUAUUUUUGAUGCCUUAUUGUAUAUUAUAAAGUAAUUAUAUAAUGAUCUGAUAACUUGUGUGAUUUAAAUGAUAACUGAUUAUAAUAUAUGGUAUAUAGUAACAAAUUAUAAUAUCUACAUAUUUAAUACAAAUAUACAAUACAAGUUUGCGUGAGAAGCUUUAUUAACUACUCUAGUUAAUUAUUACAAGACAUGAUUCUAUACAAAAUAUACAAGAGUUUGUGAGACGCUUUAUUAACUGUUCUAUUUAAUUAUUACAAGACACUAUUCUAUACAAAUGUACAACAAGAGUUUGUGAGAAGCUUUAUUAACUACUCUAGUUAAUUAUUACAAGACACUAUUCUAUACAAAUAUAUAACACAAGUUUGUGAGACGCUUUAUUAACUACUCUAGUUAAUUAUUACAAGACACUAUUCUAUACAAAAUAUACAACACAAGUUUGUGAGAAGCUUUAUUAACUGUACGACAUCCAUCAUUACAUGGGAGCAAAAGGUUGGACAUGAUUUUCAGAAACUAAAUCUACUACAGGGUUUAUGAUAACCCCAGGAGUAAUCAUCAACAGAGUCGCUAGUUGGAUGGUCGGACAAAAAUUACACUAAUGGUUGAUUGAAAGGUGUUUUUUUUUAAGUUUAUUCUGAUAUCUUUAUAAAUUAAAUGAUGAGACAACGAUUUGAAUAAAUCCAUUAGUUGUGACCAAUAGAAUUGUGUCUUUAUUUAUCAUUUAUUGAUUUUAUAUUUAAUAAUUAUACAAAUUACAUAGUGAUAUUAAGUGGUUUCUACAUUAUAUAAAUAGUCAAAUAUCCGUGCAGAUUAUGUUAAACUGUUAACAGGAUAGAUAGUAUUUGAUCAAUUUCUAUUUUAAUGGUUUCUUGGUAGUGCUCAAGGUAUGUCAAUAUAGUAUCAAUAUUUCAUUUAGACUUAAAACAUUAACACUUCCAAAAUAUUUGCUGAAGUCAGACAUAAGAUGGCUAGCAAAUUAGAAUAAUUAGCAUCUGCCUUGUAAAUUAGAUUCCAGGACAAAAUUUUGCAGUCUAUUUAUAAAAUAAUGGCUAUUAUAAUAAUAAUAAUAUGUACAUUUAUACCAUGCACAGUUCCAUGCUAGUAUGCAUGCUCAAGGCGCUACAUAGUCUAAGUGUCCAUUGAGAUAUAUCUGUCUAUAUAUUAAGGUUUGUUUAUGAUUUAUUUCUGUACCAUUUCUCUAUUUAAUGCUCACUAGUUUCUCUGCUCAUAGUUUAUGUCGAAAAUAAAUCUAAUUUGCAUAUAUUUUCAAAGAUAGUUUAUUGACGCAAAUGCAAGGGUUGAUCUCAAAGCUCUUAUAAGGAAAUGAUUCCUUUGAUAAUGGGUGAAAUAUAGAAAUGUUGAUUUUAUUAAGGGCAAAUUGAAAUGCAGAUGAAAUCAAUUCAUUUCGUUAUAUUGUUAUAGUAACCUGAAAUAAAGAGAUACUGAACCUUUAAUGUAUAAAUAUUUCAGUUUGUAUGUUCUGCACUUGAAGGAAUCCUCUUAAAGAAUAUAUAAAGCACAUGAUCUCCUUAAUUUAAGCAGCUAUGUGUAAUAAUUGAGCUUUGGUCUCCGGUAUCUUUAGAUAAUGAUUUAAUCAGUCAAGGUGGUCAAUUUUAUUUAGUUUUGCUCAUUUAUUAAUUAUUGAAACCACAGGGGCCUGACAGUGUAUAGUGUCAUACCCCUGUGAUUUAAACAGCUUCAAGCAGAUAUAUAUUUGGCUUGCUGCAAAAGUUUUGUUAUUAGUAUACUGCACUGUACAAUUUACAAGGGCUUUUGGUUCAUGCAUUUGUCCUGUUGAGGGAGUGACACAACUGUCUAAAUAAGAUUCUUGAGCACCCCAAUUUGGUUACAAGGUUACCAAAAUGCUCCUAUGAUGAUAGGGAAGUAGCUCAGUCUACAAGCUGAAACCCCCACUUUGUGGCACACUCUAUUUAUUUAAGCCAGGUCCUCCCAUCACCUGUAGCAUCCUAAUUUGACUAUGUUGCUGCAUACAUAGCCCCUGUGAUGUUACCAGUGAAUCAUUUUCCAGCAGAAGUCUUUUGUUCAUCUCUUUGUGUACUAGUUGCGAUCAGCUCUCAGCUUGGUUUUUAUACGCCCAUAUUGAAAUGUGGUUGUAUAUUGUCAUCGCUCCUGUCUGUCCGUCUGACGUCCUCAAUUGCUUAUGGACGCUUUACAGAUUAAAGUUUAUAUCCUAUUGACUUUAAAUUUAUAAACAGUGUUUCAGGUCAUGAGAUGCAGAGAAAACCUAUUGAUUUUCAUUCAUUUCAGAUAAUUGCUGCCAGAGUUAUGGUCCUUGGUCACUUUGAAAAAUUAUGUGAACACUCUAGAGGCCAAAGUUAAUAUUUGAUUGUCUUUUAAAUUUAUACACAGUGUUUAAGGUCAUGAAACAAAGAGGCCUAUUAAUUUUCAACGAUUUCAGAUUAUUACUUCCAGAGUUAUGGCUCUUAAUAUUAAUUGUUUUGUGUACUAAACGUUAGUAUAGGGCAGAACUAGAAGCGGAACAAAUCCUUAUGAUUUCUAAUAAUUACUUAAUGGGUUGUUACCAGUACUCAGAUUUUAGUGUGCUGUAAAUGUUUUCAUUACCGACAAAAGAAAAAACAUAUGUGUCAACCCCUGUUGUCUGCCGGACAACUUAGCUGCUGUGGGCAUAUGUUUCAGUGCCAGGCAACCUAUCUUUAUCAUAUGUAAAUAUAAUCGGCAUAAUUUCAUUGCACGACGUACUGUAACGUUUACCAUUUUGUAUAUAAAGAUUUUUUUUUUUUUUGUAUAGUGUAUAUUAUGAUAAAAGAAAUGAAAUAUUCUAAUUGUAUAAAGAAGGAUAUCAGUGAGUUGUCUUCCCAUGGUUUUUUGACAAAUUAAUUAAGGUACCAACUCCCAGAUGGAAAACAAUCGUGCACUUAUUUUGGUUCAAAUAAAUCUUUUGAUAGACAUUAUGGAUAGUAUACGAAUUAAGGUACAAAGUCCCAAAGGGAAAGAAAAAUGUGCACUUAAGAGAGAUUUUGGUUGAAAUAAAUGUUUGAUGGACAUCAUGGUUAGUGACCGAAUUAAGGUACAAAGUCCCAUAUGAAAAAAAACAACAAAUGUGUACCUGUUAAAGAGAAACUGGUUAAAAUAAAUCUUUUCUGGAUAUUAUGGAUAAGUGCAUGCAUGUAGAUUUUAAAAUAAAAUGAUGACUUCUCUAAUUAUUAAGAAGAUUUUAGAAUUACUAAAAGUACUCUUAACCUGUUAGUUCUUAAGACAGUAAGAAAGAUAAAAAUUGAUAAUGAAAGAUUUAACAGUAUUUUAAUACAUUCCAAAAGUUUCUAAUCAGGGCAGUUGAAGUUUCAUGUCUAAGAGGCGUCAGUGCACUACUUUAUCAAUAUGACACAUGGGCAGACAACUCUUGGUUCCUUCAAUCAAUAUUUAAAAACAUACAAACUAAUUUGCUUAUAUAGAGAAGUCUAAAAAUUUGUUAGCUUAUAAUAUAAAUCAUAUAAUAAAUACUGGUAAAAUAUUUACUCAACUCAAUCAAAACUCAACCUUUUCUUCUCAAUUUAUUUCAUUUUUCUGUAAUAAUUUAUAAUUUGUACAAUUUUUUUCUUUUAAUUUGAUAAGAUAUUAUUUAGUGAAUUAGGACAGAUUUUAUUAUAAUAACUAUUUAAGGUAAAUAGUGAUAUUUUUUUUUCUUAAAUGUUUGAUCAAAGUUUAUUUGAUUCCAUUUUUUUAAUUAAAUUUUUUGUAAAAGUGGCAACUUUCUAAAAUAUUUUAGGUUUUGUCAUGAUAGUGUACAUACCAAGUUAAAGAUGCAAAAUGCAGAUUUUUCUUUUUUGUAACUUAAAUAUAAUCCUUUAGAGGAUUUUACAAUUGGCUUAUAAUAUAACACUUGAAUACUUGGUAUGGAUACAAUCACUAGGUUUAAAAUACAGAUGUGACAUAAUUUGAUGUUGGCGAACCAUUAUUUCUCAUAAUGGUACGGGCAAUGUGCCAAGCGUACAUUAUAGUUGAAAUUUUGGACCCGUGUGACGUAUUUCAUUGAAAUACAGGUGCUGGAUAUUGUCUGUAUUUUAAGUUGUUUAAUGGUCUUGUGCAAGACAUUGUGUAAUAUAUAGAUAUAGCCCUCGUGCUAAACGCACCUGUGCAAUAUCAAUUUAUUACUUAAUGUCUCACACUCGUCCAUCAAACUACACUUAUUACACUCAGAUUUCACAAGCCAUUUUCAAACUAAAACCUAAUGUUAACACUUUGCGGUGUAAUAAACAAAGUAAUUGUAUUUUGCUUAAAAACAACUUGAGAAAUAUUACAGUGUAAUAAAGAUAGUGAUUGUAUCAAUACCAAGUAUUCUAGUAUUAAAUAUUUAUUAAUUCUUUGGUGUCUAACAAAGUAAAUCUAUAUUAAAUAGAUGAAAUGCACAUAAAUAAAUGAAUAAUAUAAAUAAUAUACCAAAGAUAUAUGCUAGUAACAGGAGUUACACAGACUAAAUCACAAUGCUGCACCAGGUUCUAUACAUAUGCAUAAAUAAUUAAUGGCAAAACUAAGUCAGUGUUGUGAAUUUUGGGACACUUUGAUUUUGUUGUUUUUGAGGCACCGGUUUAUUAUUAAAAGCAAAGCAAGAGUUGCUUCCCUUGAUGUAUUGCUAAUUAUAAUUAGCUGAACUUUAUUUUUUAUUUGAUGGUUUUCAUUAAUUUUUUGGAUCAAGAAAAAAACAUUUUCUGCCACUGAAUACCCAACGAUUUUUGUUUUAGUUUGUUUUGAAUAUAAAACCCCAAGAUAAUGCCUUUGUUUAAGAUUUCAGCCUCCCCUGAAUAUUAGUAGUAGGCUUGCCAAAGUAAUUUAUUUUAUGUAUUGAUAUUGUAUAUCAUCAUUUAUAAUAAUUUGAUAAACUUUAUUAUUAUUAUAGAGGCGGAUAAUGUGUGGCUAUUUAUAUAUAGACAUGUAUCUGGCGGUAAAUAUUAUAAAAUCUGUUUUUUGUACAGUUAAUAUUUUUUUUUGUUUUGCAUCAGCAUCCAAUUGUAAAGUAAAAUCUUUUAUGCAUAAGAA